AUGAUCAUCACAAAGAAAGAUGAUGAUGAUGAUGAUGAUGAUGAUGAUGAUGAUGAUGAUGAUGAUGAUGAUGAUGAUGAUGAUGAUGAUGAUGAUGAUGAUGAUGAUGAUGAUGAUGAUGAUGAUGAUGAUGAUGAUGAUGAUGAUGAUGAUGAUGAUGAUGAUGAUGAUGAUGAUGAUGAUGAUGAUGAUGAUGAUGAUGAUGAUGAUGAUGAUGAUGAUGAUGAUGAUGAUGAUGAUGAUGAUGAUGAUGAUGAUGAUGAUGAUGAUGAUGAUGAUGAUGAUGAUGAUGAUGAUGAUGAUGAUGAUGAUGAUGAUGAUGAUGAUGAUGAUGAUGAUGAUGAUGAUGAUGAUGAUGAUGAUGAUGAUGAUGAUGAUGAUGAUGAUGAUGAUGACGAUGAUGAUGAUAAUGAUGUGAUUGAAAUAAAUUUAACAUGA